AUGUCUUCGGAAAUGGACAUUGACCAUGCACCUCCCACGUCAGAGGGAGGGAAGAACGGCAGCCCACAAACUGAGACGAAGCGAGCCAAUGCGGGUACCGAAGCACUCACUGCUCAGAACGCCGUUGCAGUGCGCAGCAUUGAAGGUUGGAUCGUGAUCGCGACCAAUAUCCAUGAAGAGGCUACUGAGGAGGACAUCACGGACCUAUUCGCCGAGUACGGGGACAUCAAGAACUUGCAUCUCAAUCUAGAUCGGAGGACGGGCUAUGUCAAGGGUUACGUCCUCAUCGAAUACCCGACCCAGGUCGAAGCCGCAACAGCUAUCAAGGCGCUGAACGGGGCCAAACUUCUCGAUCAGACAAUUUCCGUAGACUACGCUUUCGUCCGGCCACCUCCGAAGGAUAAGGGUCGGGGGGGAGGAGGUUCAGGCGGAAAACCCAGUGAUCGUCGCGGAGGUCGUGGAGCUAGAAGCCGCAGUCGAAGCAAAUCAAGAAGCAGGAGCCGGAGUCGCGAUCGAAACAGACGCAGAGGCGCCGACGAUGAUAGAAUGGAGAGGGAUUGA